AUGGCCAGCCCCCCGGCGGGCAUCAAGGAGGCCACCGGUCAGGCAGAUGAGGCCAUCUUCGCGAACGAAGUGUUCUUCGAUAAACGAGAUCAAUCUUUGUAUAUACCCGCAUACCUCGCCGUAGUGGUCAAGUCGCUGCGGAACAUGAAAGAGGAGGAGGAGACGCUCGACGUCCUGCUGACCAUGGUCGUGCGCAUCCAGUUCAAGGGCAUCGAUGAACAGCUAAGGCAAGAAUGCCUCGACAAGAUUCUGUUGCGGGUCAACGACGUGCCGAAGCCAGAGGCGACCGACUUGAAAUCCAGAGACACGAACUUCGCCUGGAAGGGCGAUUUAGCGAUGAUCACGUCGCGCAUCAACCUAGAAAAGCAUUUGUUCACGUCGUCGGACAAGGAAAAGGGCUACGGCCAGUGGGGCCGCUUCCCGUUCGACCACCCGGAGAUCUUCAUCAAGAUCGAGGCGUCGGGGCAUACGAUUAACGUGCCUGGUUUUUUCAAAGGGUUUAAGGUACGAUACACUUUGCAUGAAGUGAUAGCAAAAGAUGAUGCGUAUGACAGAGUCAGGACGAUGGUCAGUUUCAAGGAAACGACCGAUGCGUUACCCGCGUUCGAGCUCAUGCUUUCAGGGGUCGGCGUGAAGUUCCCCCAGUCGAAACGGAAGCAUUCGAAGUCGUGGUACUAUCCUGCAGUCGUGUAUCGAGUACCAUUACUACGGCAUCCGUUCCCCGUGAUCCGCAACAUGAUCAUCCCUUUACUGAUCACUAAUUUUGCCACCAUCAGUACGUUCAGGAUGCGCGUCUUCCCGCCGCCGCACGAGGGGUUUAACGAGCGGACGGCGACACUCGUGACCAUUCUUUUGGCAUUGUUCGCCUUCCUGUCGGCGGCACAUUCAGCGUUACCUGAUCUACCGGUCAAUACCUUCAUGGACCAAGUUAUUUUUUACUCUAUCAUUGUUACUUUUUUUGGGCUCUUGGACAACAUGUGGGCCUACGAGACGGUGCACUGGGCAGCGCUGACUGUGAAACAAGGCUCCAUGAACGCCUACGCGCGAAAGCGGCGGAAACUUGUAGGUAGAGAUACCUUUGAGGCGUUUGAGCAGAAUGCCGUCGAGCCCAUCGGGAACAUUGCCGAUGUAUCCAUCUACGAGUACGACAAGCGGGACGAGCGGUCUUUUGAGUUUCUGAACAUCUUCGUCGAGAAUGGGCUCCAACGGACUAAACUCGCGCAGCUCCACCGCGGCGUGCGCUGCGCCAUUUUCCUGGGCGUCAUCUCCCUGACCAUGUAUCUCAUCAUCAAGCUCAUUCUCAAGGUGCGGGAGUACCGGAACAUCCUGCUGAUCGACGAGCUCAUUUUGAAUGAUGGCCAGACGCAACCGAGUAAAGAGCAAAAGAUGAAACGGUAUAGCAGCGGGAAGAAGUACGACGCGAAGAACUUCUCGGUGCCCUUCACGCACGAGGAAGGCUUCGUGCCCUUCAUGGACAUCGUGAACUCUGGCGGCGCGAAAGUCCACGCGAUCUUCGAGUCGAACCGGGAGGUGCGGUGGUACGUCACCGACGGUGAGAAACGGACGGAGUACGCCGAUGCUGUGCAGAGGAGGCUGGAGGAAGCCUACCGGGAUCUGCAGAGCGGUAGCGGCCCGCAGUAUCCUACGGUAGCUGUUGACGGCGGAGAGGUCUCCCUGAGGAACAUGCAGGAGAUCUCGGCGACGGGCGUGACGAGGCCUGUUAUCAGAGAGUAA